AUGGUGCGCCACAAACUCUCCUCUCUCCUGCCGCAGCCUGUCCGUCUCCAGCUGGCGGCUGCCCCACAGGCCCUCUCCUUGGAGGAAUUCUCGGCCCUCGUGGACAGAGUGCACGAGGCCCACGUGGUGUCGCCCCCAGCAGACCCCGCCCCAGCCUGCCUGUGCCCCGUCAACGCCGCGGCCCCGACGGACCAGCCAACCGCACCAGCGGAAUCUCUCUCUCUCCACGUCCUCCAGCAACAGGCGGCGGUGACCUCGGGGCUCGCCGUAACCCACCCUGGCUGCAGUGCCCAGCUCCACCGAGACCCGCCUUGCUUCGGUGGAGGCCUCCCUGCGGCGCCUGAAAGCUCUGCUCGCCCGCUCUCCUACCCAGACGGACGCUGCGGUCUGUUACUACCACAGGCGUUUCGGGGAGGAGGCACGCAGCUGCCGACCGCCAUGUGCUUGGCCCCGCCAGGGAAACGGGGCGGGCGGGGGCCGCUAACACCAUUGCCCGCCUCCGCCUCUCUUCCUCGUCUUAGCCCCGACCCGUUGCCCCACUGCCCUAUCUCCGCCUUGUCUCCGCCAGCUGUACAGCCUGCCCCGGGCCCUACGGAACCUGCACCUCCUACGCCGCUGGCCCCGCAGUGUUCCAUGGGCGGCCAUGACGCGCCCGCGUCCUCUGGACGGCCUACUGUCGCCCACACGUCGUCCCCGCCGGCGAAGCAGCGGUCCCGGGAUGGCCGGGCCCCGUCUCCUCCACCAUCACGUCUGCAGCCUACUGGUGGCCGGGCUUCCGCGCCGCCCACCCAUCUGUGA